AUGUUGUCCCGCGAAGACAUGAUCGGCAUUGCCCAUCCGGACUUGAUCGACCUCUUGUUUCGUUUUGAUCUUCAACCUAACGAAAAUCUGAGCCAGGUCUCAGAACCAGACCUCGCAAGGCGCAUAUUACUCGCUAUCGAACUCGCCGACGCCGAUGAACAAGUUUCUCUGAUCUCACGAUUCAUCCCGGAAGAAGAGUUGGCAGCCGAACGACUGGGCACCGCCGUAGUCCAAAAAACCUCCCAUCGCAUCAUUUUGGACCCCGCAGAAAGGAAGAUUGCUUUGAACGAAGACCCUUCGGGGCCUGAACCAAAAGAGAACGGCGAGGACUGCAUUGCCUGUGCCGAAAGUGCUCACGGCAGAGCUCCUUGCGGCUGCAACUACUGCGUAACUUGUUAUCGCCAGAUCAUCCGUAUUGGCCUUCGAUCCCAGGAGGAAUUCCCCCCAAAAUGCUGUAAGCCAUUCGAUGAAAGAGCUGUCGCGCUCUCAGGCUCCCCUGCUCUGGUCCAUCUCUUUCGGCAGAUGCAAGAGGAAGUGAAGCUCCCGAUUCCUGAUCGAGUGUACUGCUACCAAGGCAACUGCGCAGCAUUUAUCCCGCCCGACCUAAAAGGACGAUGCCCUAUCUGUCCCUACAAAACCUGCGUCGACUGCGGUGAAAAAGCCCACGAUGGAUGGCCCUGCGCUGAAGGAGAUGCACUGGAAGAUGUCUGGGCCACCAUGGACGCCAAUAAAUCCGUAAACUGCCCCGAUUGCGGUAGGAUGAUCCAGCUGUCAGAAGCAUGCAACCACAUGACUUGUCCCUGCGGCGGUGAAUUUUGCUUUCUUUGCGGCGUGAAGCGUAGGCGCUGCAGUUGCCCUCCAUACAAGAACUUCCAUUUGAUGGUUCCUAUGAAGGAUCGCCCUGGCGUCAAACCACCACAGUUCCGCCGUCCACCUCGCACAGAUGUUCCGACAGGUCAAGGCGGUGGCGACACUGAACCGCUCAAGAUUCCACAGCUGCGUCCUAAACCCGGGGAAAAAGAGAGAACCCCGAGAAGCAGUGCCUACGCUCUCGGACGGGUGAUUCGACCACUGUUAUUGCCGCAAAACGACCAGGCUCAUCGUCUGGAUGAGUCCAGGGAGUUGCGAGAGAGAGCAGAGGCUGUAGACAGACAAUUGGCUCGAUUGGAGUAUGCUUGGCGGCAACCUGCUAGAAGGCGACAACCUGCCCAGCCUACUGCUACUGCACGGCCCUCUGCCCGGCAUCAUGCACGGGGCAAUGACGGUGGCGUAGGAAACGAGAAUCAGUUUGAGUUGAUAGUACGUCACACCGAAACCGCCAACAGGGAGCAUCAAGAGAGAGAAAGAGUUCUCCGUAUCCAAGAGGCCGAGAGCAUGUUUGAGAAAACAGCAAGUAUCACCGCUGGCCGCAGCAGGCAAACGCAACAACCACAACAACCACAACAAUCGAAAGGCCAAAGGAACUCCAAACGAGUUCAGCGUCAGUUCGAGAACAUAGCGAGAUGGAGCGCUGAUGUUAUCGACAAGUCUUCUUCCAUGCCAGCAUUAGAUGCUCUACUCUGGGGCACAGAUUUCUGA